AUGGGGAACGUUUGCGGAAAGGGUGGGUUUCUUCACAGCGGCGUCGAAGUAGACCUGGAGGCCCUCUAUUCCUCUAGCUACGUAGCUGAGGGUAAUAAGAAAGCCGAGGAGACAGCGCUUAAGCACUUUGCGAAGAUGACAGAGGCUGAAUGGAACAUUGUAAUGACAAAGGGCCCGUGCGGCUGGAGGAUGCGCUUGCCGCCAAAGCCGGCAACAAAUAAGUCUAGCGUAGAUGUCGAGUCCAAGCAUGAUCGGCAGUUUGCAGCAGAAAAGAGCGGAACAAAAGACGAAGGCAGAAGCCGCAUCCGCAGUUUCCGGGAGUCCGUGGCCCUUGUAAUUGCUCCUGGGUCUACCAUUAAUACAAACACUCCUCGAUCUGUGAGAGGCUGUGAGGUGGAUAUCAUUCAUGAAGGAUGCUGCACUGUACGAUUCGAUACUCUGAAUCCCUAUAACUAUGACGAGGAAGAUGAUGACGAGGAAUCUAUGAUAAAAACAGAACUUUAUAAUCUUUCGUCCCCUGUGGGCAAGGAGCAUCUAACAGCUGGCAAGAAGCACAUUCUUCACCCGAAGCCCGUUAUUCUCCAGUCAACUCUCCCGCUUCCUCCCCAGGAGGGCGAUGUCCUCGGAGUUCUCCUUUGUCGAAGAACCGGUACAGUUCUGUUUUUGCUUAACGGAGCACCGAUCAAAGCCGUGAGCUUCCCCGAUAUAAUUUUGAACGAGACGGACCCAAGUUCGUUCACCGCCGCGGAAGACCAUCGUCCGCCGCCGUCAGCUCCAGAUAUUUACGUGACCAUCGGCGUGAUAGGCAGAGGCGAGUGUGAGAUUAACUUCGGUGGGAAAACUUAUACCGCGCAUGGGUACAUCAAAGACAUCAGUGGAGGCAUCAUUCGGUCAAACGCGCCCAUCCAAGCUCGUGUCUUUGGCCAGCGCCUCGCCAACUUCUCUCAGAUGCUUGCCGAACUACAACUAUUCUACCAGAUCCACUGUCCUGUUAUGCUUCCCAAAGCGAAAGGCAUGGUUGUAAUGAAUAUCUCCAGAAGAGAGGUAGGUGGUCUCCAGAAACUGCUGGAACAGGAAUUCGAAGAGGAACUAAAGGCCAACUACGGAAAGAGCCUCCAGGAUAUCGAGAGAAUCAACGACCUGUUACGUCGGAGGUAUCAAGCCGACCUUAACCGAGUCUCCCUCCGACGCAAACAAAGUGUCGAAAGAAUGCUGACGGAGUAUCACCGCGUUCACAGAGCCACGGUGGAGGCUACCAAGAUCGACCAACUGGCCGAGCAAGCAUUGACGAAGCCUAAGGCGGUUGAUGCGUAUCUAAGAGAUAAAUACGGAAAUGGAAUCAAUAUUCUCCUCCAGAAACGGCUGGAACAGAUAUACGAUGCUUACGCUCCGGAAAACAGAUCUGAAAUCCCUAUACUGGUUCAAACGUAUCCACUUUUCGAUGACGAGUUCCAGUUGUACUGCAAAUUGAAAGUGAAGUACAACUUGGACUUGUUCACAUUUUCGCCCCUUGACAGCGCAUCGAGUGACUUGGCAGCGAUUCGUAAGAACCUACGGCCGAAGAUGCCGAAGAAGCUACAGCUUCUUGAGGGGGAAGAACUCCCAACCGGCGAGGGGCUGAGAGGAUCCGAUCCUGCAACAAGUAGGCGCAAAAGCCGCCGCGUAGACGCUACCGGUUCCAUGCUGGCCAAAGAACGAAAGAGUGUGCGAAGAGCAAGUCGCGCGGUUGCGGGCAUGGCUGCGGCGGCGGCGGCAGCCACAGCAGCGGCACAAGCGGCGGAAAAUGCGGCAGCUGCAGCAGCGGCAGCUGCAGCAGCGGCAGCUGCUGCAAAUGUGAAGGAACACGACCUAAAUAAAGAGAAAAUGCGGGAAGCCCGUGAGGAGCGGCGCAAAGAACGAGAUUUGCGCCGGAAAAGUAGACUCGAAAGAGAUACGUUGAAGGACGUGAUUGAGCAGGGGGGGAGGGAGCAGGACGAGGAAGGUGCCAGAGCGAAUCCGACGCUGAAAGCGGUAACGGAGGAUACGAGAAACGACACUGUGGAAGCAGAAAAAGAGACAAGCCACACACCACUAGGCAAGGAGGGUGAGAAGGAGUCGUGUGCAGCUACGUUGAAAGUCGGAAACAGCAGCGAGGAGGAGUUGGAACCCUGUAAACACGCUAAGAAGCCGAGUGCGGAAGCGGCGGAUCAAAAACGCCAUGCAUCUCUCAAAAGCCAGGACGAGGAAACGGAGACUCCAGCGGCAGACGAAACUGGAAAUUCGGAUAGGCCUGCACAUGGCCGACAAAUCAAGUCCGUUCGGAUUUCUACAGUGGCGCUUCCUCACGACACGGACUCGAGCAGAUACGAACUCCCCAGCGAUGACGAAGAACGGAAUAACGAAGAGAACUCGGGUCGCGUGCCUCCUCAUGACGAACAUGGAAACAACCGUGACGAGAGUGAGACAAUAGCUCUGCCGUCGACAGAAGAUCAAACAUAUGGUGGGAACCCAUAUCCUGGCGCGCAACAGCCGCAAGAAGAACCAGACACCUGUGGUUUGUUUGGACCGACAGAGAACACGGAGGACGUAGACGAGGAGAGAAAUGGAACCGGGGACAAGGAGCCUAGCCCCCCCACCGCUUCGUCACCAUCAGGUGAGCGUGAGUACACAAAUGGAACUCAGAGGCGGAGGUUUUCGCCUGAAUAUCUGUUCAACUCUGCUGACAUAACGCCCUGGCAACGUGGCCAUUCCCCCACACGACUUGAGAGCCGAAUGUCUUCACAGGGGGUGCAUGUCUUUCCGGCGGUUGAACCGGCUCCCGCAUACAUAGCGCCACCACCACACACCUACCCCUUGAUCUGUCGAAUCGUCUUUUCUCCAGAGGUAGCAGAUGCAUCGAGUGCUGCAGAAAAUGGCUCCGUCUGCAACGAGAACGCUCACGCGGAAGACAGCUCUCCGCUACACGGAGAAGACGACGACAGUCUCAAGCGAGAGAACAAAAGUGUGUGUCCAUCUUCACUGGCGCCUGAGGUGGAGCCGAGUAACGUGACUUCCGCGAGCGAGUUAAGGAAUCAGGAGCCUGUCCCUCUCAGAAAAGCAAGUGAAACCUCUCUAAGCGACGAUGAGGCAGAACGCUCCGAGGCCACUGAGAGUGUUGACCCCUUUGAAGACUCCCUCACAUUGCAUCACGAAGACCCUAAUAUUGACCAGGAGGAUGGACGGCAGAACUGUGCUUCAGUUUCCACAGUUCUAAUGGAGACGGCAAAGGGUUUCGUUGAAGAUGUGGUUAGACGAAGCAGUCAGCUGACUGGGCUCGAUUUAGUUCAGAAUUUGGUGAAAUUGCAGAGUCCAUAG